CAAAAACUCUUCUACCAAUAUUAUCUGAUCUGAUUGAUAAAGGUAUCUUUUUUCACUUGCUGGUGGAGCGAUUCCUCCUCCUCCUCCUUCGUAACUCCGAACCGCAUCCGCAUCGGCAUUCGCACAACACUGGAUAAGCUCCGGCCCUGUUGUCAUCGAUUAUGGCUUCCUCAGACCGAAGUGAGACCCCGGACUCGGACGGUGACCGAAAGCCUGGGUCCCGAGAUGACUCGGGCCAGCCGCCCGCCCGCAAACGGCAGCGUGUCCGCCUCAGUUGUCUGGAGUGCCGACGCCGAAAGCUGUCGUGCGACCGAGGCUUCCCGUGCGAGCGUUGCAUCAAGAGCGGCACUCCCGACCGUUGCAGCUAUGAAUCUCGUAAUGGCGAGGUUGUGAAUGCUUCGUCUGGAGUUCCGCCGCCUUUCGCCCAGCUCGACUCUCGCCGCUUCGUUGAUCCUGCAACGGGUUUGUCCCCACGAGAUCCCGAAUUCGUACGCCAAGAUCACGACCGAAUUCGCCGAUUGGAGCUUGAGCUAGUUCAGCUAAAGAAUCAAAUCUCUCGGUCUGGUGUGUCUUUCGAUGGGAGUACCCUUGCCGGCACGACAACCUCCCCCCAGACGAAAGAUGAUGCCAACGGGAAUGCGAAUGUCGAGGACCCUUCUGUCCGCGAAGUCCACGAGUCCAUCGAGGCCACUAACAUGUCGGGCGAGAAAGGAGAACUUCGAUUCUUUCGUGGCAGGGGCUUUCGCACGCGAUACUUUGGCCCGCACAAUGCCAGUAUGGCCUUUGUCGAGCUGACAGGCUUGUGCCCUUUCAUGAAGGAGACGGCCGAUGAGUGGCUUCGUCCAGUCAUUCUCCAUGAUCGUAAAGAUCGAAAGAGAAGGCGCGAGGACCGUGAAAAGAUAUUCGAGGACUCGGAUCCAGAACUGGAGGCUUUAUUGCCAACUAAGGAGGAGUCCGAUGCACUCAUUGAUGUUUAUCUCGACCAAUUCGAGCAGGUACACCGCAUUGUUCACAUUCCUACGUUCAAGAAGGAAUACGCCGAGUAUUGGGCACCCGGGUCCACCAAACGCUAUGCGGCUUUCACGGCUCUUAUCCUCGCAAUGAUGGCUGUUGCAAGCUGCGUCCAUACUCACGAAAGCCUCAAGUUCAUCGGCAUGAUGUCGAAUGCUCGUCACUGGGCAGAACGAUGGAUCAAGGCAUGUGACGAGUGGUCGUCAAAACAAAGCCAAAAGCACCGACGCUUGAUCCACUAUCAAGUGGCGUGUCUUUUGUAUCUUGGAAAGCGAGUCAACACUAUCAAGAAGAAGCGUUUCUGGACAGGCUCUGGUGCACUCAUUCAGGACGGAAUUGCGGUGGGCUUACAUCGUGAGCCAAGCCACAUGGCAGCGAAAAUCACCGUCUUUCACCAAGAAAUGCGUCGACGAAUUUGGGCAACAGUUCAAGAAUUCGACAUGCAGGCCUCCUUUGACCACUGUCUUCCAACUCUAGUUAGCCAGCUUCACUACGACACUAACGCCCCUCGCAAUUUAGACGACGAUGACUUUGAUGAGAGUACCACUGUACUCCCACCAUCAAAACCUGUCAAAGAGUAUACAUUCUCUUCCUUCCAGCAUCUGGCUCGGCAGAGUCUGCUCUUACGCCUAGAACUCAGCCGUCUCCUCACUGGUCCGUCGUCUGAAAUCGACUAUGACCAAGUUAUUCGAUACACCAACGAUUUGACACAGGAGAUUGAUGCCCUCCCUUCAUGGGAUAUGAACCUGGAGAAUGUGAAGGGAAAGAAGAACCCUUUAAUCGCAUACACAUUGUUGCAUGUGCAGUUGAGGCAGUACAUCAUCCCCUUGCAUCAGCCAUAUCUCAAGCUUCGGAAACAAAACUCCAAGUACCAGUACUCCGAAAUCAUCUACUAUAAUGCAGCACGAGAUAUCGUCUUGUUACACGACAAACUGUACGAACAAGGCGUUCGGAGUCUGAACUUUCUCAGAGAAGAUGCGCUGACCACAGCCAUCAACCUCUGCAGCGUCACUAUGUUGCAGCCCAGAGGUUCCACCAACAUGAUCAUGAUAAACUCGCAUCACACACUCAAGUUGAUUGAGAAGUGCAUUGCAAUGAAGGAGGAUCGUCUAUUACGAUGUGGCAACAACGAGCCAUGGGGAUAUUCCAUCAUGUGUGCGGCGCUGGGGCUGCUUGAGGCCCACCUGGGAACCAAGGAGCCCGAAGUCGCCAAAUCGACAUCAGCAGAACGCUUUGUCAACUUGCACUACCGUCUCCUUGCUAACCAGGAGCCCCCAGUGUCUGGGGAGCACCUUGCAGCUGCCAUGAACGGCGUGCCGCCGGGAAACAUGGGACCUGGGCCCACGCCUAAUAUACCGCUGCAUGACCGGCCAAAGUCGGUGACACCGUUCUCGUUUACGCCGACAAUGCCUACGGCUCCGAUCGAUCCAAGUCAGGCCCCAUGGAUGAUGGGAGGCGAUCCCACUCAGCCCUUCAACCUGGAUCCGAGUCUGGAGUUGUUGGGUAUAAAUCUUAACGAAAUCUGGGGCGAGUCCUGGGAAUUGGGCUGAACAGAAAGAAAGUCCAUGUUGGCUAAUACGUAAUAAUAAUAACUGGCGUGGAUUCUUGGGCCUCGCAAGCGACGGGCUGGGGGGAAAUAUUGGGCUAGCACCUGUUUGCUUCUCAAACUGUCUCAUCUUUAAGAUACCAGGUAUCCUACUAUGUCACGACAACACAAGCACUCAUGAACAGGUCUUGGCGUCAAGUUGUCAGCCAUUUUUUGU